AUGAACGAUUCUGAGGCCUUUAUCGAAAUCCAAAACUUUAUUGAGCAAGAAUAUAAAGACCAGCUAGAAUUGAUUUGCAGCUCACUCCCCCUUUUUUUAGGUAAAAUCUAAAAUUUUUGGGUAUAUCAUUUUAAUACGAACAAAAUUUUUGAAAAAUUUUAUAGUGAAAAUACUAAUCUCUAUAUAAAUAGCUUUAGAGUAAGUGUAAGUAGAAUGUCAUUUAAGCAGUAUUACACUGAAUAAAUUAAUUUUUUGAAAUAAUUAUUCAGAAAAAUGAGUUAAAACUAAAAAAAUUCAAUUUAUGUUUAUAUUUUUAAAAUAUUAGAAUUGUUUAUAAAAAUUAAUCCCAUUAAAUUGGAACAGAUUUUUUUGUUCUAAUUUUAAAGGGUGGAUUUAGAAAAUUCUGAUCAAAGAUUUGAUCUUGAAAUCGAGUAAAAUUUAUGCAGUGUAUCAUUAUUACUUGAUUACACAACUGUAGCAAUUCCUCUUAUAUACAACGCGCCUUCUGAAUUCAUUGAAGUCCUCAAAAACCAAGCCCAAGAGCUGCUUCUAUACAGAGGCAUCGAAAGAAAUAUUGAUAUCCGUCUCAUAUCCCCGCCUACUUCAUUUUUUAAAGCUGAUAUUGGUAACAUAGGGGUUGAAGAUGACCAAAAACUUAUCACUCUUUCCGGCACAAUAACUAGAUGUGGAAACGUCCGAUCACUUGCUCACAAAAAAGACUUCAAAUGUGUCCAGUGUGGGACUAUAUUUCGUUUGGAGUCGCUUAUAGAGCUUUAUAAUGGGUUUGACUUACCUCCAAAAUGCCCUUCAAAAAAAUGCAGAGGAAAGAAUUUCGAAGGGGUCGAAAAAAGCGAGGAAUGGAAAGACUAUCGAGAAGUCAAAGUUCAAGAUUUGUUCAGUAAUCAGCAUAGAGGGAAGCUACCUCCAAAUUUGUGGGUUGUGCUUUCAGGGAAUCUUGUAAAUUCAUGCAAUCCAGGAGAUGAUGUGACUAUUACAGGAGUUCUUAUAACUAGAUGAAUGCCAUUACUCAGGACUCAGCAAUGCGACUUAGAUUUCUGCUUAGUUGCAAGCUCUUUGAGAGUCCACUCAUCAAAAUUAGAACAUAAUAUAGCUGAAGUCGAAACAAAAGAAAAACUUGAAGACUUUGAGUUUAGGGCAAAACUUAUUGAUAGCUUUGCACCAAAAAUAUUCGGAAAUAAUCAUAUAAAGCUCGGGAUGCUAUUGUGCGCUAUUGGAGGAAUGAGAGAAGAAAUAAGUGGGCUACGGCUGAGGGGGCAUUGCCAUUGCCUAAUUGUGGGAGAGCCUGGGACGGGAAAAUCACAGCUGCUGAGAGAAGCAUGCUUACUUCAUUUAAGAGGAGUUUCUACAAGUGCGGUUGGAGCAAGCAUAGCAGGCUUAACUGUUUCUGCAGUAAAAGAAGGCUCUGAAUGGAUGCUUGAAGCUGGAGCUUUAGUUCUUGCUGAUUGCGGGAUUUGCUGUAUAGAUGAUAUAGCGAUGCUUGCAAAAGAAGAUUUAAGAGAUAUUUAUGAAUCCAUGGAGUCUCAAACGAUUAGUGUUGCGAAAGCAGGCAUGGUAUGCACUGUAAAUGCAAGAACAACUAUCAUUGGAGCAUGCAGGCCGAAGAAAAAUAGAUUUGAUUUUGGGGUUGGCAUUGAUGAAAACUCAGGCUUGCCUUCACCUCUUCUAUCAAGAUUUGAUCUAGUUUUCAUCUUAAUAGAUCAGCCUGAUCCUGAAGCAGAUGCCAUUAAAUCAAAUUUUAUACUAUGUGGCGGCCACCAGUCUAAAAAAUCUUUGUUUUCUCCUGGCCAACUCCAAUAUUUUUUAAAAAAAUCAAGAGAAAUUCUUCCUCCGAUUACAGAAGAGGCAUCUGAAAUACUUGGUAGAUAUUUUGACUUAAUAAAAAACCAUGAAGAAAUAGUUGUUACAAUCCGGCACCUUGAGAGUUUGCUAAGACUUUCCCAAGCACAUGCAAGGCUUUGCCAAAGAGAUGAAGUAAAUAGUUUUGACACAACUUCUGUUAUUUUGCUUAUGGAAUCUACUUGUAGAGGAGCUGGAUUGCUGUCUAUUCCUCCAGAAGACUGCUUUAAAGAUCAAAAUCUUUUUAAUCAGACUCAGAACGAAAUACUGGUAAAACUUGGGUACAUGCCAAUAAUUCCUAAAGGAUUCGCAAUUGACGAUUCUAUUUUAGAAGACUAA